CUCUGAACAAACCAUCUCAUUGAACCAUUGUGUCUAGCAAAGCAUCACCACUGUUCCUCUCUCAUAAUGUCACCCAAUAACAUUGUCACAUCCCACCUACAAAGAGUGGGCAUUAUUCUGCUUCUUAACAUUCCAGUAAGCACAAUGUUCAGCGCAUCAUAUACUCUCGUCCGAUCUCCUACCUCUCUGUAUCUUUCUCGUCUAUCACACCCUUAUUCACAUUUGCGUUCAUCAGCCAGCUUGUACCAACAUUACAGCCGGGAUCAUGCUGGUCCACGAGAACAGUAAAGGAGGACCAGACUUCAGGAACACGAACGAACAUACCUUUGCUGCAAAAUCGCGCAUACGAAAGCGCCAUGGGCCAGACAGGGUGGACCAAGAAAGGUCAAGGUCGAAGGCGAAAAGAGCGUCGACAAAGGAGCAAAGUACAAGGGUCUACAGGCCGAAGAAGCAAGGCUUUGCACCGGUAGAUACGGAAGAUCCGUUCGCGACACUUGCUAGGAGGUCAGACACACCACGAAAAGUUACACAGCCCACUCCUUCAAGAAUGACAAGACCCCAUAUUCCACCUCAUUCCGCAUUCUUGCUCCCCGAGCAGCACACCGACCGGCAGCCUCAUUAUGACCUCCUGCAGAUGGAUUACAGCAAUUUUUCGCAGGCAGAAGAGCAAUAUGAGCACAAUAGUAUCUCCGAACCAUAUAACAGCGCUUUCACAUCUCACCAGAACGAUGUGCGCAAUAACGGGUUGUCCGACGCCGAAGUCGAAUCUUGGAACUGGUAUCCCGUCCACAACGACUGCCAGUGGACCGCACAGCCACUAGAGACCAAAGAUCCAUAUGUCACAAGACGGACAGACCACACAGACCAAGGAAAUAUGAUACUUGAGAGCUGCGUGGCUUGUGGCCAGAACAUAUAUCUUGACUGUUUGUGCUAUCAAACAUUGCCAUCGAUUGGGCAUACAGCGGACCCUGACUGGAAAGCCAUGAACAAUUGGACCACCGAUAUCGGGACUGAAUCGAGGACUGCACGAUCUAACAUGAAUGAUCCAUGGCAGGAAUGGGCCUGGGUCGAUGCAGCGGGGUGUCAGCUUGAGAGCAACCCUAUGCAUGUUGCUUCGUUCCCAGAGGCAGAUGUGGAUAUCAGUGACAUGUAUCCACAUAUAUCGACUGAAUCCACACAAGAAAGGUAUCCAGCAAAGCCAUUUCAAGAGCCUGACUUCAUGUGGUACGACUGGAACCAUAUGGAUGAAAAUGUUGGUGUUGACGACACCUUUACCAAUGUUGCCCGUCUUGAAACAGAUCCUGAAAUUGACGCCUUUUGGACCCAAUACUGUAAUGAGAUAUAUGACCCGGAACUCUUCCCUCAGUUCGAUGGUAUAGAUGGAGAGAAAGGCAUACCGCAAGACGAAGCACCACUAGAUAUACUCAAGAUCGAUGAGUCUGAAGAAAUUGAUGAGACGCUCAUAGAAUGGUGGUUACGAUCGAAAUAUGAGUGACCACCAGUUACCGCAACGAUAUCUCGGACGCCGUAGUAGUUGAGUCUCUUCGUAACGGCAAAAACUGACGAUGCCUAGUCUGAUAGAGUUCUCAAGAACAUGGAAAGACUUCUCAAACAGAUCCAGCCUUCAUCCUUGCUAACAUACAAGACUUCAGAAAGAUGGUGC